AGUCGAAUUUAGGUACUGUCGACAUUACUCAACCAUUUAUUUUAAAACAGCAGAUAUUUCAACUUAAAUUAGAAGCCGUCAUCAAAAGGUACCCAAGAACACAGAAAAAUGAGUAAUGAAGGAUUUGACCCUUGCCAGAUAGUUCGAGGAUUAUGGGAACAUGAAAUGUCUAUGAGAAGGCUCCUGGAUGUGUUGAGGAACUCCCAGUCCUACUGUACUGAUAAUGAAUGUCUAGAUAAUGGAAGUAAUUCUUCGGUCGCCAACCCAGAUUACAUGUUGCUUGUAGUACUUGCUAUGUUCACUGCAGUAUUUUUGUACUAUUUUCGUCCAGGUGCCCAAACUGUUCACGGAGACUCGAAACCACGCAACAACGGCAAUAAUUCCGAUGGUGCACCACCUGGUUCCACCUCCAACUAAACUUCUUAGAAGGUAAAUUAAUUAGGCAAAAAUCUAUCCUUAUCUUUCGGGUACGGUAUUUUGGUUUAAAUAUACACAUAAAAAAUAUUUUUUUUGCUUUGUUUUCUUUACAUAAUUAUAGUAGAUCUGAAUUUAUUGGUCGGGAGAUUGUUUUAGUAUUACUGUUUAGUUGAUAAUCGCAAUAACCCGCGCACUGAUUGCAUAAACUGGGUCUUUCAGUAUAAAAUUAAUUCAUAUUUCACAGUAUUAAGCACAAGCUGAUUUUAAAAUUAUAGGAAAUUAUAUUUUUGUUGAAAAUAAAACGAUUUUUAACACGGCGACCGUUAAAAUGGGGUUUUUUUUGUUUAAAAAUGCUUUGGAGCUAAACUACAGAAAAGUGUUGACCAUUCGCGCGCACUAUUUCCCUAGAAAUUGUGGUAGGUUAUGUGAUUUUUUUUUCUUAGUAAUAAAGCGCUUAUGUCAAUCCAUAACUUCUGUACACAUAUAGAGCAUUCAGAAUACACACGCAGAUACAACGUGAAUCUUUAAUUACUCAUGACAACACCGACACUAAGUAAAAUUCGGGUUAAUGUUACAUCAACAGUGUUGCCGUUCUGUGUAUUACUUUUUCAAAAAGUGCGACAACCCAAUAGAACAAACAUAUAUUUUGUAGCUCAAUUAUAAGGCAUUUUUAAUCAACAACGUCAAUUUUACCACGUGUUUCUAUGAAUCUAAUAACAUAGUUAGUUAAGACGGGUGAUCAAAAAGUUCCGGGACUAAUACUUAAAAAAUUCAUCUAAAAAUUAAACAUUAUUUAAUUGACUAAUUUACAAUAUUAUCACCUUCAAGAGUCCCCUAUUUAUGAACAUACUUUCAGACUUCAUGGUCUUUUCCACGGUUGGAAGGACCAUGACAUAGAUUCUUGUGGAAUCCAGUGAUUUUUUUCCUAUCGAGUUAAACCUCUGUUCUUGCAAUGAUCUCUUAAGCUUGAGAAGCAAGAAAUAGUCCACAAAGAAUAACUUUGGUGAGUAUGGAGGCUGGGUUAUGGGAGUAAGGUAACAACUCUACUUCGUGGAAAGAAAAAUAUGUGAUUUGUCAUUGGAUUUCACCUGCCGUGAAUUUUUGUGUGUAUGUUCUUGACUUUCAUUGAAACGAUUGGAUUUUUGUUUCGCUCCCAUUGAUGAGUAGUUUAAAAAAGUUUUCGUUGCCAUUUGAAACUUCAAGAAGCUCCUAAAAACGUGAAUUCUCUGGUAUUUUUUUAAUUUAAUUUAACAAAAGUUUCGCACAAACAACUUUGAAAAUAUCGAAAAUAUCACUGAAAACGAAAACAACUCAGCAACGAAAAAACAGUAGCAUAAACAAUAGUGCCGAUUGCGUUUCGUUUUAGCGCAAUUUAAAAAGUCCUAGAACUUCGUGAUCAGCCCUCGUAUACUAACUCCUGAGGUUUUUAUCCUAUGUGCAUUUUCUGAACUUGUUAUUCGACAUUCCUAUCUUCUAGUUACCAAUUUUUGUACAGAAUCUGAUUCGAAACAAUUGUAAAUAUCUUGUACAAUUUCCAAAAAUAUUUUAUGUAUAAAUAAAUUUUUAAAAUUAUACAAUAAAUACCUUAGCAUUGU